AUGAACGAAAAUUCGCAGCGGCUUUACAAUUACUGCUCGCUAUCGAUUGCGCUAUUUUCGGCGGUGGUAACGUUAAUUGGCGGUCUAAUCAUCUCUACAGCCGUUGUACCGCGACGUUCGCGCCUCGAGCUGGAGCACGGCGAAUGUAAUCUCCAACAUUUGCGCCUUUCUGAAGAUUGGUCUACCCUUCGUCUUUUUGCUGUUUACACCGUCCUCAAAUCGGAUAUGGACUAUCGCUACUCGUCGGCUUUUCCGCAGCUGAACCGUGCCGAUUUGGAUCAUUUGAUCUUUGUCGAUACGCAGAGCUCCUCAAGGAUCAAUGAUUUGGACAGAAACACCGAUCAGAUGGAGCUGAAAUUCGAAUUCCCGAUGAUCGAGAAUUUCACGGCCACUUCAAUCACCUACGUCGUGUUCUUCAAGUACGAAUUGUCGACGUCGAUUGGCUACAAGGCCGAUGUUGCACUGACUGGUACCGUAGACGUGAAGAGCCAACAUGGAUUAUGGGAAAUGAGCGGAAUUUUGAAAAGCGAUCAACUCGAGCCGCUACGGGAUGGAUCGGCGCAGUACAUCUUCUCCCCACAAGGCCAAUUCCGCGUUAGCGACCUCUCACUGCCAAACCUACUCGAGCGCAUCCACACCCAGCCGUUGGCCAUCGACAUCUCCAGAUCGUCCACUUCCUGGCGGCCAUCCGAACACCUUGAGAUUGGCCUCUCCUUCAGCGUCCCGUCCCAAAUGCUGGUCCGCGCCACGACAACGUUCGAGCUGUUGAAGUGGGCAUGGGUUCAGUACCUCGCCCUCUUCCUCGCCACGCGAUACCUAACCCAGAAGGCGCUGGAAUUCCUCUACGACAGCGGCGCGAUCGACGGCGUCGUCGAGUACAGCAUCCAGGCCGAUGAGCCCCAGUUUUCUCGGAAA